AAGGGGAACAGUUAAAUUUGUAAUUUGGGUUGUGUGAAAACUUCUUUGGGCCUCAUAAACAACCACAGAACCACAAGUUGGGUAGCCUGGCAGUGUCAGAAGUCUGAGCCCAGCAUAGUGGUCAGCAGGCAGGACCAAUCACACUGGCUGCAAACCACAGGGUUUCAUAGAACAUCAUCAAGCCACGGCCAAGACGCCGCUCUUUUUUUUUUUUUAAAUCUUUAACAAUUUGAAUAUUUGUCUUCGUGAAGGUAGAAGAAAUCAUUGAAUCCCCCGCCUUCAGAAGAGGGUGCCUUUUCAGGAGGAAGCGAUGGCUUCAGACAGCAUAUUUGAGUCAUUUCCUUCAUACUCACAGUGCUUCAUGAGAGAAUGUGUACACGGAAUGAAUCCACCUAGAGAUGUCCACGAUGCCAGCACGAGCCGCCGCUUCACGCCGCCUUCCACCGCGCUGAGCCCGGGCAAGAUGAGCGAGGCGCUGCCGCUGGGCGCCCCGGACGCCAGCGCCGCCCUGGCCGGCAAGCUGAGGAGCGGCGACCGCAGCAUGGUGGAGGUGCUGGCCGACCACCCCGGCGAGCUGGUGCGCACCGACAGUCCCAACUUCCUCUGCUCUGUGCUGCCCACGCACUGGCGCUGCAACAAGACCCUGCCCAUCGCUUUCAAGGUGGUGGCUCUGGGGGACGUUCCAGAUGGCACUCUGGUCACUGUGAUGGCAGGCAAUGACGAAAACUACUCAGCUGAACUGAGAAAUGCAACUGCAGCCAUGAAAAACCAAGUUGCAAGAUUCAAUGACCUCAGGUUUGUCGGUCGGAGUGGAAGAGGGAAAAGCUUCACUCUGACAAUCACCGUCUUCACAAACCCACCGCAAGUCGCCACCUACCACAGAGCCAUCAAAAUCACAGUGGAUGGACCUCGUGAACCUCGAAGACAUCGUCAGAAACUAGAUGAUCAGCCCAAGCCCGGGAGCUUGUCCUUUUCCGAGCGGCUCAGUGAACUGGAGCAGCUGCGGCGCACGGCCAUGAGGGUCAGCCCACACCACCCAGCCCCCACACCCAACCCUCGGGCCUCCUUGAACCACUCCACUGCCUUUAACCCUCAGCCUCAGAGUCAGAUGCAGGACACAAGGCAGAUCCAGCCAUCCCCACCAUGGUCCUACGAUCAGUCCUACCAAUACCUGGGAUCCAUUGCCUCUCCUUCUGUCCACCCAGCAACUCCCAUCUCGCCUGGACGGGCCAGCGGCAUGACAACCCUCUCUGCAGAGCUUUCCAGUCGACUCUCAAGUGCACCUGACCUGACGGCCUUUGGCGACCCGCGCCAGUUCCCCGCGCUGCCCUCCAUCUCUGACCCCCGCAUGCACUACCCCGGCGCCUUCACCUACUCCCCGACGCCCGUCACGUCGGGCAUCGGCAUCGGCAUGUCGGCCAUGAGCUCGGCCACGCGCUAUCACACGUACCUGCCACCGCCCUACCCCGGCUCGUCGCAGGCACAGGGCGGCCCGUUCCAGGCCAGCUCGCCGUCCUACCACCUCUACUACGGCGCGUCAGCUGGCUCCUACCAGUUCUCCAUGGUAGGCGGCGAACGCUCGCCGCCGCGCAUCUUGCCGCCCUGCACCAACGCCUCCACCGGCUCGGCACUGCUCAACCCCAGCCUCCCAAACCAGAGCGACGUGGUGGAGGCUGAGGGCAGCCACAGCAACUCCCCCACCAACAUGGCGCCUGCCGCGCGUCUCGAAGAGGCCGUAUGGCGGCCCUACUGAGGCUGCGCACGCACCCGCCGCGCGCCGCGCGUCCUCCCGGAAGCGCCGACUCACGGCCCAGCCUCGAGUUCUGCAGAACCACGUGGGCCAGGCCACCGGCCCGGGGAGCGCCUCGCAGUGAACGUGAUCUGUGAUCUCACUUCCGGGCUGGGAGCCUCCGGGCAGCCUGUGCUUCCGAAGUCCGUGCAGUUCACAGUUGCUCUUGGCCCAUCUCAGAUUUUUCAAACCUGACGCAACUUGAGGGUGUCCUCUUCAUCACCCGUGGACACGUUGUAUGGCAAACAGGAAGAUUCCCAGAGGGAAACUGUGAAUGCUUCUGAUUUAGCAAUGCUGUGAAUAAAAGAAAGAUUUUAUACCCUUGACUUUUUAACCAAGUUGUUUAUUCCAAAGAGUAUGGAAUUGGGGGUUUUGGUUUUUUUUCGGGGAGGGGGGACGGGGGAUGCAACUCAUCCUGUUUGGCAUCUAAUUCAUAUUUUUAAUUUUUUCUUCCAGCACCUUAUAAAUUGCAAAAUGCAUAUUUGCAUUUGGGGUGGUUUUAUUUUUAUAUAUAUAUAUAUAUAUAAAUUUGAGCUUGCUUCUUUCUUGCUUUGACAGAUGAAAGAAAUAUGAUUCCUUUUUCUGUAAGUUUUAUUUAACUUUUCUUUUGGACUUUUGUGUAGUUGUUUUUUGAGAAACAACUACAGCUUUGGGUCAUUUUCAACUACUGUAUUCCCACAAGGAAUCCCUAGAUAUUUAUGUAUCUUGAUGUUUAGACACUUACUUAAUGUGUUGAUACUUUUUUAUUAUUUAAAUGUACUUAUAUUAAGAGGAAAAAUAUCAAGUACUACAUUUUUUGUUUUUGAUAAUAGCCAAAGUUAAUUGUAUCACAUUGAAGAAGGUUAAAAAAAAAAUGGGUAAUGUGAUCACUUGGUUAUCUAAAUAUUGUUUACAUUAAACUCCCUUUAAUGUUAAUCAAACGAGUUGGUAGCUAAUGCAGCAAUUUUUUUUAGUAGGCUUUUUAGAUACUGAGGGUCACUCCAAAGAUCUGAACUAUGGAAUUUUCUGCCAAGCUCAACAAAGGGUCUCAUGUCUGACUCCCUCCUUCAGAGAAGGUCAAAUUCGGUUCCAGAAGUUUCAGGUAAAUGCCAAUGAUCGCACCUCUGGAGAGGAUUUAUUUUCUGCCUGGGGGUUUUGUUCACUCCAUGGCCCCUUGAUAAUGUCAGACAUGCUUUGUAGCAAAACAAAUCCGAAGUAAGGAGGAGCAGUAUCCACAUGGAAAUGGAAUGAAUGAAUUUAGGGGUUCCUUAACUGUUCAAUUCUGAGGUGGGAAGGAGAUCAUCUGAAUUCAGAGUUCAGACUUUGUAUAGCUCCAAGAAAAUAUUCCUCUGUGAUACAAUACCUGUCCACUGCUGCAGAACAAAACUUGUGGCCGUCCCCCAAGGCUGGGAGUGAAAGGGACUAAACGGGAUGCCUUUGAUAGCCAAAGGUCUCCAGCUCAGUUUUCAUAGGGUGGGCCCAGAAGCAGCCCUGAAAAAGCCACAUCCCCUCUGUGUGCCUCAGUGGAGCCAUGUGGGAGAACAUUGUCCUACCCAUGCAGGACCCCAUCCCAUGCUGCUCAUUAAACCACCAGUCUUUGCGUUACCCUCACCAGGCUGAGACCCUUCCCUGUAGGAUGUGUGCACUUUUACCCAUGCAUCAGCAUGACGGGAAAGACUCCUGUCACUGCUGCCCUUGGCUACAGUUCAAACAUAUCCAAUGUCACUGUAAAUUUUAUGGAACUAUUUUUAUUGGAGGAUUUGGUCAGAAUGCAGUUGUUGUACAACUCAUGAAUACUAACUGCUGAUUUUGACGUGCGUGCUCAAAAUGAUCUGGUUGUUAUUUAAUGUACCUCUUAAAUUAGUUGAAACGAUUUCAGGUCAACUCUGAAGAGUAUUUGAAAGCAGGACUUCAGAACAGUGUUUGAUUUUUAUUUUAUAAAUUUAAGGAUUCAAAUUAGAAAGAUCUUUGGCUGCAGGCAGCAAAACAGCUGGUCUUAUUUAAAACAACUUGUUUUUGAGUUUUCUUAUAUAUAUAUAUUGAUUAUUUGUUUUACACAAAUGCAGUAGCACUUUGGUAAGAGUUAAAGAGUAAAGCAGUUUGUGUUGUCAGGUCAUUCUUAUCUAGAAAAGAGCUAAAGCAGAUCUUGGAGAAACUCAGAAUAUAUUUAUUUUCAGUUUAGACACAAGUCUCCCUCCACCACUCAAUAUCAUGUUUUAUUCUAUAUUACAUUUUGCAGCAAAAUUACCCUUAUAUGUCAGUAAAUUCAAUUUUUUUUUUUAAUUUCUGAAAAGGACCAUUAGUGCAUUUACCCCAAAUUGAACUUAAAAGUUCUUUUCAGCGCAUCGCCUUAUCUGACCUGACAAAAUAUUGGUUUAAAAAUGAAGGAGAAAAAAUGUAUAUUUUUUCAGUUCAAUUCUGGUACCUGAAGAUUUUCCAACUCAGGAUCAGCCUAAUGCCUACAAGGGAAAUCAGAUAGCCUCUCGCAUUGAAUCCUCACCUCAAAGCCAUGUAUGAGGAGGGCUUGUCACUUUGUUGUAGACCCAUGGGUUUGGCCAUUCAGAGUUUCACAGACCGUUACCAGCAUAUAUAGAUAGUAUUUAAUCUUUCCAGAAAAAAAGGAAAAAGCCAAACCUUAGUUGUUCUGGAGAUAGGUCUCAUACUUAACACAUGUCCCCACCCCCCCCCGCCAGAGGAAUUCCAUUCUAUUGCUUUCAAGUAAAUUAAGGUGGUCCUUUAUCAAGUAGACCCUUAAGACAACAAGGUAAUAACUGGAUGUAUCUGGGAGCAUAGGUUCAGGAGAAGAAAGAUUACGGCCAUCUCUACUGCUUGUUCAUAUCUUUGUUUAUAAUUUCAACAUAGACCCAUAUUUCAGUUCUUUUUUUUUUCUAUCUACAGAUACUUGUAUUUCUUUCCCUCUCUGCCCCCCAAUAUCACCCUCUCUCUCUCUUCCCCUCCCUCCUCCAAAUCCCACCUCUUCCCUCAUUUAUUCUAGCUUUGUAAAAGGAGAUAGCACACCAAACACCAGAUAGGUGAAGCUGCACUUUUCCUCCCUUUAUAGAAAGGAACAUAGUGAGUCAGCCUUUCUCCUGUGUAGGGGUUUCUUCCAGCAGAACAGAGACAUUGCCAACCAUUUGGGAUCUGCUUGCUGUCCGAGUACAGCAAUAGAAAUCUUCCUGGGCAAAUUACCAUCAGUGAGUUAACAGACAGUCUUUCUGCUGCCUAGGGUUUCUGUGCAGAUAAACAGAAAUGCUCUGAUUAGAAAGGAAAUGAAUGGUUUCACUCAAAUGUCCUGCAAUUUAGGAUUGCAGAUUUCUGUCUUGAAAUACCUGUUUCCUUGGGACAUUCUGUCCUGGAGAUUUUUGGUUUGGGUGUUUUUUGUUUUCUGGGGAAUGACAUGUUUGGGGUCUUUCAUACAUGAGAAAUCGGUAGAACAGUGAUAUCAGAAAGCAUUUUUUACUUCUGAACAAAAUGCCUUUUUGUUUACCUGCAGUGUACAAUUGUUUGGGAUUUUUCGUUUGUCUGUUUCUUUGUUUGGAAUUUUCCCCUCCCUUUAGCCAGAUCAGUAUUGAUGAGGCUGAUCAUUUGGCAUUUUUUUCCCCUUCCAGAAGAGUUGCAUCAACAAAGUUAAUUGUAUUUAUGUAUGUAAAUAGAUUUUAAGCUUCGUUAUAAAAUAUUGUUAAUACCUGUAAUAAUUUUUUCAAUUUUUUGUGUGUUUCUAAGGACCUUUUCUUAUGUUUGCUAAAUACUGUAGACAAAAAAAAAAAUGCUUCUUUCUACUUUGUUUAUUUUAGACUUAAAAAUGAACUACUUUUUAUUCACUUUUGUAAAGAGUUAAUAGCAUGGUUCCAAUUUUUUUUUAAAGAAGUUCACUUUUUGUUCUGGGGAAAUGAAUGUGCAAAAAACAAAAAGAGAGAGAGAGAGAACUGUUGGUUCUUUGUGCUAUUCUGGAUGUAUAAAAAUCAAUGGAAAAAAAAUAAACUUCCAAAUUGAAAUGACAGUAUAACACAUCUGUUGAAAAAGUAAUACUGGGAAAUGCAUAUACUUGACGAGGCCCCGCCUCAUGUCUAUUUGUGUAGCAGUUACUGGAUCUGUUCACAAAGCAUCCUGGAAAUUGGUGUGUGGUUUCUUUCUCCCUGGUACUGAUGUAGCAAACACCCUCUGCACGGGAGCUGCCAGUCUUGAGUUUUAAACCAGAUAUGUGAUGAGAGCACACCCCAGAAGCCCCUCUCCAACGUGUUUCUAGAUAGCGCAGGAGAGCAGGCACCCCAUCAUGCAUGGCCCACGGCCCCUAGUCGGAGUGGCCACCCCCUCUGCCAGGAGCAUUCACCGUGCCCAGCCUGUGCAGGGCAGCUGGACUGCUGCUGCCCAGGGACCAUUGGAGCCUUACUCUCUUUGUACCGCAGUUUCUUCUGUAAAUCCAAUAUUAUAACUAGUGAAUGGCAAAUAAACAGUUUGGCAAGUACGUACACCCUA